AUGACUUCCAAGCGGAAGGCAGGAAACAUCGAAAACGAGCUCUCUAUCGAGCAGCUCCGAGAUCGGCCCCUAAAAAGGACCAGAAUCGCCCGGGGCGAGGGGCCAGCAGCAUCUCGAGCUCUUCACGACCUGCCGCUCAACGUCUUUGGCGGACCGCAUGGGGCUCAGCACAGCCCCGUUUACACCAACAAAUACCUAGAUGCGUGCAUAGCUUCCACAACUUCCAACGGUCAGCCCGUCACUAAAGCGGCGGAAGUAUCUAGGAAUACUUCGAAGUCUAGGAAGUCAAAGGAGAAGGAUGGCCAGCUGCCAGAUAUCACUCAAGGUCAGCUUGGCCAAGGAACUCAUCAAAUUCCCGUCGCACAAGGUGUUGGCUCCAAUCCACUUCCACCACCGAAUAGCAAGGCUGCCCAAGACGGCUUUCCAGCUUUUGAGCGCCACUUCCGAGACAGCGAGACUGCGCAUCAAUGGCGGAACUCACGAACGAGGGCACCGUUUAUUCACCCAAACAACGAUCCGACUAUCCCAAUAGUCAAGGCCGACCUGCUCCUCUGGGUCGAGAUGUUGUACAAAAUGAUCAUCAACCGAGACGAUGUCCGGGAUCACGUCAAUAGCGACAAAUACAAGGCGUAUGCUCGUCUUGCUCAAACAACAUCUGAGAACAUUGAGGCCGCCUGCCACAAUUUAAUGCUGGAAGUACUCAACCUUUGCGACAAGGGUUUUCAGCUCGCAGAUCCGAAACUCGACUUGGCGAAGCCAGGGAGCUGGUCUACGAUGAGUUCAGACGCGGUUGAAAACAUGGGAGACCAGGAUCUCCAGUGCUUCAUGCGCAUGGUUAAGAUUUGCUUUGCUCUUAAGCAUGAGAAAACCAUUUGCGCUGAAGUGAUGAGCGGAUGUUUCGGGGAUCGGUGGGUCAGACAAUUCGUGAACGCCCCCAUCGAAUGGCGCCGUCGCAAAGGCAAUAACCGACGGAACAACGAUAGCAAACCACAGCGAGCAGUGAGAAAAGCUGAGGAAAACCUGAAGCGUGCUGCCAAGAAAGCAGAAAAGCACGCAGCGGCUGAGUUGGAACAAGAAGUCAGCAACGACGAUCCAGGGAAUACGAGUGCGACGAAGAUAGGCAACACGAAGGCGGAGAAGCAGGCCGAGCCAUCGAUGACUGCGGUGUUUCAAGAAGCAUACGGCCUCGGAAUCACCAUUCCAGACCUCUACCUUGGACUUCUGGUGGAGGUAGAUGCAACCCAAGAGCCAGAUGCUUCCCAGCAGCUGCCAGUGACUGCUCUCCCUUCGGAUAUUAGCCUUUCUGAUCCAGUGGCUCAGCAGAGUCCACCAACACAACAGCUGCCAGCGGCUCAUCUCCCACCUAUUGGCUACCUCGCCGCUCCAGAGAAUCGGCAGCAGAUGACCCGUAGAUAUGGGCGGGGACAAUCAACUAUAAAUGCUCUGCGAGAGGCUCCAGAAGCUCCGUACCCAACAGACCUUCGAGAAACUUCGAACAAGAGAGCGAGGAAGCCGAAGGUUCAAGUAGAACAGGGAGCGUCUCGUUCAAGCGGACGUCUUGAUGUUCCAGUUGCCCCCUCUUCCCAUGACCUUUCUGGUGAGACUGCUACGGGCCAGUUCCAGUCGGCUGGUUUCUCCUCUAUCCAGCCUCAAGUCCCCACCAUGGGCCCCCAGUUUCGGCAGCAGAUUGGAUCCGAAGGCCCAUUCCAGUCUGCCGACUUCUUUGAUUGA